AUGGCGGAAACGGAAACGAAAAGAGCGAAUAGUCCUGAGGAUACUCUCCAAAAGUUAAAAAAUUUAGAAAAUCCUAAGGGAACCUUUAAAGAAAAUAAAAACAAAUUGACAGAUGCACAAAAAGCCAUGAUAAGGGUGGAAGAACCUGAGGAAUAUCGUCCAUAUGAAUAUCAUCGACCAAAUAUUCUAAGGUUUAAAGGUUCGGUUUUACCACAUGUCAUUAUACCUACUAUAGUUGUGACCAUAUUCGCCGCCAUUAUCACAGCGCUCUUUGAAGUAUUCAAGGUUAAAUUAAACUUACCCAAUACCUUUACUCCUAUACUUGGUAUUGUGGUUGGUCUUUUGCUCACUUACAGAACAAAUACAGCUUAUGACAGAUUUUGGGAAGGACGAAAAAUUUGGUCCGCGAUGGUGACACAUAUUCGUCAUUUGACCCGAUAUAUUUGGGUAGGAAUAAGAGAAGAUGAAUUAUUAAAAAAUACGAAAGCAGGUGAACAACCUCAAAAAGUCGGUCCAUCAACGACAGAUAUAAUUUUGGAAAAGGCGACCGCAAUAAAUUUAUUACUUGGAUUUGCAGUGGCGGUUAAACAUUUUCUUAGAGAGGAAUCUGGAUGCGAACAUUUAGAUCUAGAAUAUUUAAUUUCAAAUAUUAGAGAAACUUUACCAUCAUUUAAACCUUUAGCGAUUCAAGGUGGUAAUACAAGCCAUGCACGUAAAGUUGGAUGGUUUACCAAGAUCUUUCAAAAGCAUCAUAAAAAUCAUUUUAAUCCUAAUUCUUUAGAAACUAACCUUCCUUUGGAAAUCACUCUUUACCUUUCUUCAUAUAUUCAAACUCAAUUUCAAAAUGGGAGAAUUGAUGUUCCUAUCAACAAUCAGAUAUACGCUUCCCUUAAUGGUUUAUGUGAUUGUUUAUCACACUUUGAAAGAAUUCUUAGAAGUCCUAUUCCCUUGGCUUAUUCCAUCCAUCUUUCUCAAACUGUUUGGAUAUAUUGUCUUAGUUUACCUUUUCAGUUAGUUGAUACUGUUCAUUGGUCCACUAUUAUCGUUGUAUUCUUCUCCGCUUAUAUUUUGUUCGGAUUAGAACGUAUUGGUGCAGAAAUUGAAAAUCCUUUCGGAUAUGACGAGAAUGACUUGAAAUUAGAUGAUUUUUGCGGAAUCCUUAAACGAGAAUUAAAAGCAAUUUUAUCUCAUGAACCUCCAAGCGUUAAUGAUUGGAUUUACUCCAAAGAAAAUCGUCCAUUUGAAAAAGACAAGGAUCUUAGCGCCCUUGAUGCUUCAAAAUUACAAGUUGAUGAUGUAAGGUCUUUACUUUCAAUAAAAGAAGAAACAUAA